CCGGUGGUUCAACAUUACUAACAACAUAAGCAACAAGUCCAAACAUUCAAGCAUAGUGUGCAUUGUUUCAAUUUGCGUCGUACAUCAUAUUUUGUUGUGAAUGCCAACUUAGUACAAAACAAAAAAAGUUCAUCAAUCCACUCUAUCUCAGAAAUCGUUGAUCAAUAUGUUAUGGAAAAAAGAGUACAUCGAUUUACGUGAAUCACAUAGAUCGAAAUUGUCGCAUGAAGAUGAAUACAAUAUAAACAUUCAAAGACAUGUGAAAAAAGAUAAAACAUCAAUUUCGAAACGAGAAUUGGGAAAUAUGAGAUUCCGAAACCGUGACUAUGUCGAAGCCAUUGAAGAUUACAACGAUAGUCUUCGCUUUGCUGAAAGUGACCGUCAAAUUAGUUUGGCGUAUGCAAAUCGGGCCAGUUGUUUUUUGCAUUUGAAACGGUAUAACGAAUGCCUCACUGACAUUGACUUGGCGAAAAAGGCCGGCUAUCCAGCAGAACUGAUGAAGAAGUUGGAUAAACGUGAAGCCAGUUGCUUGGAAGAGAUGGAAAAUGCAAAACAGUCCACCGAGUUUGGUGCCAAAUUAAGUUUUGAUCCUGACGAAAAAUUUCCGUGCAUGGCAAAUGUAUUGCAAAUCGACAAAGACAAAAACAACGAAUUCUGUGUCACCGCCAAGGAAGAUAUUGAUGUUGGCAAAACGGUUGUGGUAGAUGAGCCAUUUGAAAAAUACAUUUAUCGUGACUAUGCGCGAAAAUGUAAUAUUUGUUUGAAAGGCAACACCAAUUUAAUGCCGUGCAAAAUGUGUCCGCUCGCAUUAUUUUGCAGUGAAGAAUGUCAAAAAAGUGAUAUUCAUGGAUACGUAUGUGGCAUGACUUGUACCUCAAAGGCCGUACUAAAUGGUGAAACCUUGCAUUUGGUGCGAGGAAUUUUGGUGGCUGUCAAAAUGUUUCCUAAUAUAAACGACUUGAUUAAAUUUGUAGAGGCAGCAAGGGAAAGCAAUCCAAAAGAAAUCCCGUCGAGUAUUGCAAGCUUACAUUCAAAAUACCGAGCAUUUCUCAAGCUUCCGAUCAAAUCCAAUGAAGGAUCAUAUGAGUUUUUACAUAGGUUUAUACUCAAUUAUUUUAUGGCAUGUGAUGUAUUAAUUGAACACAUUCCCAAAAUCGUCGAAACGUUCAAAUCGAGAAAUCAUCGUAAUUUCUUGACGCACCUUGUAUGGCAUCACGUGCUGGUCACAAUGUCGAAUAUCCACCGAAAGAGGCCAUGGUGGUUGGAUGAAUCAGAAGAUCAAACUAAAUUUCCACCAUUUUACGCUCGAACCGCUCUGAUGCAGCCAUACUUCCAGCGUUCUUGUGCGCCAAACGUUUUAUACACCGAUUGUGAUGGAAACGAAGUCUAUAUUACAGUUCGGCCAAUUAAAAAAGGUCAACAGCUACUCAUCUCAGACUUAAAAUUUCUGGUGGAUAAAAAUGAUUUCGAGAAAAAUGGGUUCGGUGAAUACCUUGCGCCAGAUCAUGUGACGUGUACGUGCAUGCGUUGCACAGGUACAACAGCAACAAAAGCCGAACUGCAACAACUUGAAUCCGAUCCCGACUUUCAAUCGAUCGAGAAAGGCUACAAGGAUUUGGGACAAUGUUUCAUUGACGAUAAAAGGGUGCAAGCUGUAAUUGACAAGUGCAUUGCGUUUUCACGAAAAUACGGUGAAGUGUUUUGGAGCUACGAAAUUCGAAGAGCAAUUGAGCUCUUCAUGCAUAUAACAGCCAUCCAGCUUGUGAACCCACUUCAUGAACAGGGAGUCUAUGGAGCAUACUACAACAUAUAAUAGGCGUUUUUAAAUUUUGUUACAGUUUAAUAAUAUCUUUUCUUCAUGUUUUCAUCAUUUUCUUUAAAAUUUAUAAGUCCGUCGAAGGCACGGCAUUAUUUACAAUAUAAACGACUUUAAUAGUCAAGUUUACAAAUCGAUAAAAACAUUAUUAAAUCAUUAAUUUUUUAAUUUUUUUUUUUGUAUUUUCAAUCAUUUGCUGAAGCAAAGAUAUAAUCUUAUCAAUAUGCAGAAAAUAUUUCAAAUGUGAUUUAAAACAGAAUAUCAAUUUAUUUUUUAAGAAUUCAUUUACUUAUGUCAUUAAAUUUAUAAACUUUCAUAAAAUGAACAUUAUCAUAUAUUUAAUAACCAAAAAAUUGUUAAAACCCGAACUGGAUUAAUCAGGUAUUCAAAUUUUUGAUAGGAUUUUUGAAUAUGCAUGAACAAUUGAAAGAUAUGAU